UGGGUCGGCGUUCGGCUGGUGCUGUCUGCGCCCCCUUUUCUGCGGCCCAGCGCGUUCGGUGACUCAGCUCGAGGGGAGCAGCGGGAGAGCCAGGCAGAGGCAAUCGAGUGCCGGUUUCCAAUCCGGGCUCGUGCUCUCCUGUCUCCAUGGUCACUCGUCCGGCGGUGGCUGAGGAGCCCGAUGGCCGCACGUGGCAGAGAUGCCAUCGCCUGGUACCAGAAGAAGAUUGGCGCCUAUGACCAACAGAUAUGGGAAAAAUCUAUAGAACAGACGGAGGCGAAGGGCUUCAAAAACAAACCCAAAAAAAAGGGCCACAUACAGCCUGAUCUGAUAGAUGUUGACUUAAUCAGAGGCUCCACAUUUGCCAAAGCCAAGCCUGAAAUCCCGUGGACAUCACUAACUAGAAAGGGGAUUGUGCGGGUUGUGUUUUUUCCAUUAUUCAGCCAUUGGUGGAUACGGGUUACGUCCCAGCGUAUUUUUAUGUGGCUUUUGGUCCUUUACCUCAUGCAAGUUAUAGCAGUCGUGUUGUAUUUCAUGAUACCUGUUGCGAGUGCAAGUGAAAUCAUUGGACCAAUGUGCCUUAUGCUACUGAUGGGAACUGUUCACUGUCAGAUCGUGUCUACCCAGAUCAACAAACCCCCAGGAACCAAUGGAAGCAGCAGGAGGCGGAGAAAAUUACGAAAACCUGUGGGUAGUGAUGGGAGCAGAGAUGCUGGCAGCUGGUCUUCCUCUGACAAAGCCAAUAAAGGAGACAAGCAGUUGGAACCUACAUCCAUUAUCAAUAGUUUGUUUGGCAUGCUCUUCCGUAGGAGGUUAAGGAGGGUGAAAUUGGUAGCUGAUAAAGGGACUGAAACAGAAAGUGGUGUGAGUUCUGUGUAUAGUGGCAUUAAGAACAGACUUUCCAGAUCCGAAUAUAGGCUGCUGCAUUUCAAAGAGAGAGACAGACUUUCAGAUGGGGAGAAGAGUCAUCGGGAUGGCUGCACACAUACGGGUGGCAUUUCUGAUGAGCUGUCAAGUGAGGAGGAUGCUGAAGCCAUGGCACAGAGGAUUUUGUUACGCAGAAGUGUAGAAGGGGCCUCCAGUGACAAUAGCUAUGAAGACAAGAAUCGGAGACCUCUUAUUUCUUCAAACCAGUCAGUUUCACAGGUCAAUCAAGCCAUUAAAGGGACCAGAGAGUCCGAUAGUGUGGUUGAAUCUGAACUAGACUCAACAGCCUUUAGUCAGGAAUCAAGGUCUUGUUUUAGUGGUGGGUCCCAGAGCUGCAGUGUGUCUCGGAGAGACUCUGAAAGCACCCGCCAUGACUCUGAGACAGAGGACAUGCUCUGGGAUGACCUGCUUCAUGGACCAGAGUGCCGUUCUUCCUAUACCAGUGACAGUGAGGAAGGGAAUGUAAAAGGAAGUAAACGGGACCUGAAAGACGAUGUUUUCCAACAGAACCAUUUGUUCUGGCUUCAGAAUACGAGCCCUGCAUCUGCAAAAGUAAGUGCCCUGAUCUGGGAGGGAAGUGAGUGCAAGAAGGUGGACAUGUCUGUGCUGGAGAUCAGCGGGAUCAUCAUGAGCAGAGUUAAUGCCUAUCAGCAGGGAGUAGGCUAUCAGAUGCUGGGAAACGUCGUCACCAUUGGGUUAGCAUGUCUUCCUUUCCUCUACCGGCUCAUCCAUACAAAGAAUCUUGAACAGCUGCGAUCCAUUUCAAUGAAGGAACUUUUGAAUAUCUUUUGUGGGGCUCCUACCAUCACCCCUGUCAUUGUCUUGGCUGUGAUUAACUUCCUUGAGCGUCUCUGCCUGACUUGGAUGUUUUUCUUUAUGAUGUGUGUUGCUGAGAGAACUUACAAACAGCGGUUUUUGUUUGCCAAGCUUUUUAGUCACAUAACAUCUGCCCGGAAAGCCAGGAAGUAUGAAAUCCCCCACUUCAGACUCAAGAAGGUGGAGAAUAUUAAAAUUUGGUUGUCACUGCGCUCCUAUCUGAAGAGGAGAGGGCCCCAGCGAUCUGUGGAUGUAGUUGUCUCUUCAAUCUUUUUAUUGGCUCUAUCAAUUGCUUUCAUAUGCUGUGCACAGGUUUUAAAAGGGCACAAAACAUUCCUGAAUGCAGCUUACAACUGGGAGUUCCUCAUCUGGGAAACAGCCCUCCUCCUUUUUCUAUUGCGCCUGGCAUCACUGGGCUCUGAAACCAACAAAAAAUAUAGUAAUAUUUCAAUCCUGCUCACUGAACAGAUUAAUUUAUACCUAAAGAUGGAAAAGAAGCCAAACAAGAAAGAACAGCUGUCCCUAGUGAACAAUGUUUUAAAACUGUCUACAAAGCUACUGAAGGAGUUAGACACACCAUUUAGACUCUAUGGCCUGACUAUGAACCCUUUAAUCUACAACAUCACACGAGUUGUGAUCCUGUCUGCCAUCUCAGGUGUUAUAAGUGAUCUUCUUGGAUUCAAUAUCAGAUUAUGGAAAAUCAAACCAUGAACUGGCCAAGGCUCAGCCCUCAAUGCUGUGAGGAUUAUCAAACCAUCAGGACGACACCGGAUAGAAGCAAGACAUUGGCUUGAGGCAGAGGUGGUCCUAAAUAUUGGCAUAUUUCUUACACGUUUGUAUAUCAAAGAUGUUCUCACAUUGCUUAGAUUCAGAGCCUACAGAAUAAACUAGUUUAACUUGUGAGGGCAGCCCAGGACUUGCACACUAAGGAAACAAAACUUGAUUUGUCCAUCAGCAGUGUGACACUGUUCUAAGGGCAUUUCCCUAUUAAGUAGGUGCCCAAAGUGUGCAGCAACCACACAUUUUUGAGGGGCCUCAAAACAGUAGGAGAACAAUGAUAUGGGAUUCUGUAUACAACAGCUUAUGUCCAUAGCCCAUUUACAUAUGUAUAAGUUACUGCAGCAGGUUGGCUCUUUCUUACACAACUAACUUGCUGUGGCAGCUUCUCCAUUUCCUCUGUUAGUGUGAGACCUUUAAUUUCACUGCAGUAAGCCAGUACUAUGACUCCCAAUUACUGCUUUAAGAUAUAAAAAAGCUCUUCAUUUGUUAAAAUAUGGUGUUAAGGCCUUGACAAGAGGACUCACUUUCCUAAUAACUGUCCAGGCUAAAUGCAUUACAGCUGAGCAGAACAUGCCAGGUGCUGGGUAGACUUUAAAAUUCUGCUAUCUGUGCCUUUUCAGUUUACAUAUUAGAGCAGAUCCCUAUUCCUCUUUCCAUCAGCUGCAUCUUCCUCCAAUGCCCCAUUUGGUAGGUGCAUGUGU